CCCAGACUUCCCUCAUCUGACCUCCUCAGGACCGUAAGUAUCCCCCGACUACCCAAACUUAAAAAAAAUGACAGCCACCAAGAUCGAAAUCCCCACCAUCGAUCUCCGGGGCUACUACGAGCCCAGCUCCCCAACCAGCAAAGAGGCCGUGGUGGCGCAGGUGCGCGCCGCAUGUCUGGAACACGGGUUCUUCCAGAUCGAAGGCCACGGGAUAUCGCUGGAGGUGCAGCGCAACAUGCUGGCGGCGUGCAAGACGUUCUUCGAUCUGCCGACAGACCAGAAGGCGGAGCUGUCGCUGUAUAAGAAUACGUGGCGUCGCGGGUAUGAGGGGUACGGGGAGCAGACGCCGCAUCAUGCUGUAUUGCCGGAUCAGAAGGAGGCCUUCUUCGUGGGAAGAGAUCUCCCCCGAGACCAGGUGGGAUUCCUGAAAGGGCCCAACGUGUGGCCCGAGCAAGUGGCCACGAGCCAGUUCCGCGGACCGGUCGAAGAGUAUUUCGAAGCGCUGCUUGAGCUGGGGCAUAAGGUCAUGGAGGUGCUGGUUGUGGGUAUGGGGCAUCCUCCUAGUAUUCUUGAUUCCUUUACCGGCAAUGCCGCAAUGUUCCUCAAGCUCCUCCGCUACCCCGAACACACCUUCACAGACCCGCGGGUGUUCGGGUCGGGCGCCCACACGGACUACGGGGGGCUCACGAUCCUCCUCCAGGACCCCGGCAAGCACGGGCUGGAGGUAUACCACGCGGCCACGGAGCAGUGGAUCCCCGUGCCGGCCGUCGAGGACCGGUUCGUCAUCAACCUGGGCGAUAUGGUGCAGCGCUGGACCGACGGCGAGUACAAGAGUAACCUCCACCGGGUGAUCAACAAGGCCGGCGGGGAGCGGUUCGCGGUGCCGGCCUUCUGGCAUGGGGAUCUGGAGGCGACGAACCCGCUGAAUCCGAAUGAUACGAGUGGGGAGACGGUGCAGGAUUUCAUCCGGAAGAAGUUCUAUCGGGAUUAUUCGUUGCCGUUGGCAGAAGGAAAGGGGAGCGCUGUUGCGUUCUAG